AUGUACUGUCAACCCAAGUUCUUUACCCUCGCGCUCCUUGCACUCGUCGCUGGGGUUAACGCCCAUUUCCAACUCCAGUUCCCUUCACCGCGUGGCGCCUUCGUCGAGGAUAACGAGCCCACAUUCUGUGAUGGCUACGCUAAUCCUGCGGCAAACCGUACAGAAUUUCCUUUAACCGGCGGUUUCAUCACCCUUAACUCUGAGCAUCCCUUAUGGACCAGUGGAAUCCUGCUUUCAACGGCUUCGGAUCCCACUUCGUUCAACAACUUUUCGCAAAUCACCCCGUAUGCCCAAGCACAUGGAGAAGGUUUGUUUUGCUUACCUUUCGACCUGUCCGCGACAAACGCAACCGGCUUGCAAGAUGGUCAAAACGUUACUAUCCAAUUUGUCUUUAAUGGAGGUGACGGUAACUUGUAUCAGUGUGCGGACUUGACUUUGUCAAAAAACUUCACAAUUUCGUCGAGCAUUACGUGUAGCAACGCCAGCGUCAGUGCGACGGCCACGUCAACUGGAGCUGCAGCGACGGGAUCCAAGAGUGCGGCGUUAGGUACUGUUCCGGCCUUUGGCGUUGCUGGGAUCGUCACCGCACUUUUCGGAAUCUCUUUAGCUACUGUGAUGUAAAUAAUCGUCGGGUUGUUAAAGAGCAGCACCAUCAAUAACCACAAACAACCACUUGAAUGACUA